CGAUUUGUUAUAAAUUUUCUUGUUUUGUAUAAAUUUGCGAUACCACAAGGCACAAAAUAUUAUCGUCUAUUAAAUGUCAAUGUAAUAAUGUAUCGCGGUUUCCAAGAUACAUUACGUGAGAAUCUACGAAUAAUUUAUUAAAUUUUACAUUAUUUAUCUUUAUAUAAUUGUUACUUUUGAGUGCACCAAAGACCUAACCUCCAGGUGUUUAUUCGAAACUAAAUACUGAUAUCACAAUUCGAUAUAAGUAGUUUACAAACUAAUGUCGAACAAGUGCGAUUUCGGUCAUAUCAGUUAAUUUCUCGUUUGAUUUCAAUAUUUAUUCGAUAAUAGUUUUGUUAUUGAGAAUAUCUUCGACCUACUUCUUACGGAAUAGCUUCAACUGCGUUUUAAAUGUACAAUAUACAUCAAUAAUAUUGGAAGAUGAUAAGUGCUCAAUUGUUAUGAAGGAUUAAGAAAAUUAUUUCUAUACUUUACAUAGGAAUACACCAUCAUUGUAUAACCAUUUUAUAGCAAUGGAGGGUUCGUACCAGCCUUCAUCUAAUUACCAGCAAAACCAAUCAACGACUUAUAGUCAAAGUCCAUAUAAUAACGGAUUUGAUAUUCAGCUAGCAAAAGAAAAUGGAACAAACAAUUACUAUAAUAGCACACCUUUAACUACUCCAUUUGCUUAUAAUAAUGCUAAUGUUCCUUUCAAUAUGGGAUACAAUAUAAUGACUCCAAAUAUGCCAUAUACUAAUGAAUCUUUGGUUUCAUCAACAAGCUCUUCAAAUAUAAAUUAUAACAAUGGUAGUUAUAUACCUUCAACAGCGUAUCCAUAUAGUAAUAUACCUCAACCUCAACAAUCACAGAUAACUGGAUAUUUCAAUAACGAAUCAUUAACAGGUGUAACAAAAAAAACAUUUCCCAAUGAAUACAUACAAUCUUCAUCAAAUAGUAUAAUCUAUAACGAUAAAUAUACAACUAAUAUUCCCGUACAUGUCAACCAACCUGACACUUAUAAAUCACCAGUAAAUAACAAACAAUAUUUGUCUAAUCAAGCUUGUAAUGAUGUUAAAGAAUCAAAAAAAAAAGAUGAAUGGUUUGAUUUGACAUCUAAAUUUUUGAAUAAUAGUGUAAAAAGUACUAAUAGAAAACCUUCAUCAACAUCAAACCAUACUUCUAGUGUUUCAAAACGUUCUCACCGUUCUUCAUCUCCGAAAUCUCGUAAUGUUAGUAGGGAAAAAAGUGUUAAAAGUACGAAAGCAAGUGAAGAGAUGUCUAGCGAAGUGUCUGAAAUGAAAAAAUUAUCUAAUAUGUCUAUUCAACAAAUAAUUGACUAUGAAAAAAAAAAGUGGAGCAAAUCAGCACCAACAGAUGUAUAUUAUCAAAAACCUGAUGACAAUUCAAAAGUUAUUUUUGGAAAUAAGAUCGCAUUAAGUGUAUGUGAUGAAUUUGAAAAGACUUUAGGAAAACGUGUUUCUAAUAUUAAUGAAAAUAAACCAGCUAUUUGUAAACCUCGUAAAGUCAAUGUUAAUGUUCAUAAACAUAAACAUAAAUGUUCAGGUAAUAAUGGUUCUAGUACAUCUGAUGAUGACGAUGAUGAUGAUGAUGAUGAUGAUGAUGAUUACUAUGAAAAAGAAAAUUCUACACUUAAAGAGCUCGAUAGAAAAUGUUCACAUCCAGAUAGACUUCACUCAGAAUUAUGGUAUAAUGAGGUUGGAGAAAUGAAUGAUGGUCCAAUGUGUAAAUGUAGUGUUAAAUCGCAAAGAUCUGGUAUACGGCAUAAUAUUUAUGUUGGAGAAGGUCCCUUUGAACCUUGUUUACCAAAUUCAAAUAAUAGUAACAAAUUAUUUCAUUAUAGAAUUACUAUUACUCCACCAACAAAUUUUUUACUAAAGAGCCCUACAGUUAUUGAAUAUAAAGGAAAUAAAUAUACUUUUGAAGGCUUUUCAUUACUAUCUCACUACCCUAUUCCUAUCUUACCCACUUGUAAAGUUAUUCGUUUCAACACUAAUUAUGCAAUAUUAUACAUUGAAGAAAAGAUUCCAGAUAACUUUAUAGUGAAGGAGUUGCAAUUAUUUUAUGAUUAUUUAUUUAAAGAUAUUUUGGAAUUAGUUGAUUUAGAUUUGCAUGGUGUAGGUAAUAAAGAUGGAUGUCCUCAAUUUCAUUUCAUGCCUCGCUUUGUAAGAGAUUUGCUUGGUAAUGGCAAAGAAGUACUUUCUAUGAAUGAAGUUCUUAAAUAUCUAUUAAAGAGCAACAAAUUACUUUUUGAAGAAAACUCUUUAUCUGCUUUAAAAAAUAUGCCUAUGAAUGAAUGGCAAAAUAUAGUAGAUGAAUAUAAAGGCAUGAUAGUUACAAACCCUAGAACUAAACCAUUUUCGAUACGUGUUGAUCAGUUAGAUAGAGAUACUGUAAAUGAAGGUAAUGAAAAAAAAGUAAACAAUGAUUAUCCAGUUUUGGUACAUUUUGGUAUUCGGCCACCUCAACUUAGUUAUGCUGGUAACCCAGAUUAUCAAAAAGGCUGGCGUGAUUAUGUGAAAUUUAGACAUCUUCUAGCAAAUAUGCCCAAACCAUCAUUCGAAGAUAAAAGAAAACUGGAAAUGAAAGAAAGGUCUUUACAAGAAAUGAGAUCCCAUAAUAAAAUGAAACGUGGAGUGACUGCUGCAGUUUCUAGUAAAGGAUUUUAUAAAACUGGACUCAUGUGUGAUAUUGUUCAACAUGCAAUGCUUUUACCAGUACUUGUGUGCCAUUUUAGAUUCCAUAAAUCUUUGGAAUACUUAGAAGAUACUAUAGAAUAUAAAUUUAAGAACAAAUAUUUACUUCAACUUGCAUUAACUCAUCCUUCAUACAGAGAAAAUUUUGGUACUAAUCCUGAUCAUGCAAGAAAUACUCUUACCAAUUGUGGUAUAAGACAACCUGAAUAUGGAGAUAGGCGUAUUCAUUAUAUGAACACAAGAAAAAGAGGUAUAAAUACAUUAAUCAAUAUAAUGUCACGGUUUGGUAAAAAAUCAGAAAUGGAAUCAAAUAUAAUGCACAAUGAGCGUCUAGAAUUUUUGGGAGAUGCUGUUGUUGAGUUUGUGUCUUCUAUUCAUUUAUUUAAUAUGUUUCCAGACAUUGAAGAAGGAGGAUUAGCCACAUUUCGAGCAGCUAUUGUUCAAAAUCAACAUCUUGCUGUUUUGGCAAAGACUUUGAAGUUAGAUGAUUAUAUGCUAUAUGCUCAUGGCUCUGAUUUAUGUCAUGAUUCUGAGCUAAAGCAUGCAAUGGCUAAUUGUUUUGAAGCUUUGAUGGGUGCUCUGUUUUUAGAUGGUGGUAUUAAUGUAGCUGAUCGUGUGUUUGGAAAAACAUUUUAUAGGGAUUCACCAGAAUACCUCGAUAUUUGGGUAAACUACCCCAAACAUCCCUUGCAACAACAAGAACCUGAAGGUGAUCGUAAAUGGAUUAAAAAACUACCAUUACUUCAAAAACUAACAAACUUUGAAGACUCUAUAGGCAUAAAAUUUACCCAUAUAAGAUUAUUAGCCAGAGCAUUUACUGACAGAAGUGUGGGUUUCACAAAUUUAACACUUGGUUCAAAUCAACGACUUGAGUUUUUGGGGGAUACUGUUUUGCAAUUAAUAGCUUCAGAUUAUUUGUACAAAUAUUUUCCAGAACAUCAUGAAGGUCACUUAUCUCUCCUUCGGAGUUCUUUAGUAAACAAUCGAACUCAAUCUGUAGUAUGUGACGAUUUAGGUAUGGUCAGUUAUGCAUUAUAUGCAAAUCCAAAAGCCGAAUUAAAAACAAAAGAUAGAGCUGAUUUGUUAGAAGCAUUUCUUGGAGCUUUAUAUAUUGACAAAGGCCUAACAUUCUGUCAAGCAUUCUGUAAUAUAUGUUUCUUCCCUCGUCUACAUGAUUUUAUUCUUAAACAAGACUGGAAUGACCCAAAAUCUAAACUACAGCAAUGUUGUCUAACAUUACGAUCAGUUGAUGGUGGUGAACCAGAUAUACCAGUAUAUAAAGUGAUAGAAUGUAUGGGACCAACUAAUGGUCGAAAAUAUACAGUUGCUGUUUACUUUAAAAGUGUGAGGUUGUCACAGGCUACUGGCCAUAGUAUACAACGAGCUGAAAUGAAUGCUGCUAAUAGUGCAUUAGAAGUAUCUAAAGAUUUAUUCCCGCAGUUGGAUCAUCAAAGGCGUGCUAUAUCAAGAAGCUUACGUCAUCAGUGUUCAGAUGGUCAAGCAAACAUUGAUGACAUAAUUAAGUUAAUAGAAUCCAAUUCAACCAAAAAUGAAUCGGACAUGAGUGAUUUAGAUUUGGCUAAAAGAAAACUCCAUAGAAAACUAUUAGCGGUAUUAUGUGCUAAUAAAAAUACUGAUAUAGAGAAUUAUUCAGAACCAGAAAAAAAAAAGAAAAGAAAAUGAAGACAAUUUUUACGCUUUCGCAUUUAUGUGUAAUGUAUUAUUUUUAUCUAAUAUAUUUUAAGACAAAAUGUGAUGGAAUGAUUAUAUUUUAAAUUAAUUUUAAUAACAACUGUGUUAGCAAGUUAAUUAUUAAAGGCUGUACAUGUAUUUUACAUUAAUAUGAUUACAUUUAUUUCAGUACUAUUUGGUAUAACAGAAUUAUCUUUUUUAAAUUUUAUUUAAUUGUUGCAUAAGUUUAGAUUAACUAUAAUCUAACCAGAUUAUUUUUAUACCAAUAAACUUCAUCAAUUUUAUAAUUAAAUUUUGAAUAAUUAAUCAUUAAAUUGAUGAACUAGAUAUUAGCAUAUUAGGUGCCAGUUUUAAAAUGUGCCUUCUAAUAUAGUUUAUAUACUGUAUUGACAAUAUACUGAAUUAAAAUUAUUACCAUAAUGACUAUAAACAGUAAAAAUAAUUUAUUUAAGGUAUGUAAUACACAAUUACAAUUAAUAUACAAUAAUAAUAUAUAGAUAUAAUAUACAAUAUACAUAAUAUAUAAUUUACUCAGUUUUUUUAAAAUUUUAUUUUGCUCUAUUUAGUUAAAUAAAUGUAAUGUUUAAUAUUUAUGAUUUUAUUUAUCAAGUUCUGUCAAGGGUAAAUAACAUUUUUUUAAAUGUAUAAGUUCUAAAAAAAAAAAAUUUUAUUUAGAACUAUUAUAGCAAUAAAUAAUUUAAAAUUUUCAUUUUCAACAUAAUACUAAUAUCAUUGAAAUGAAUAUACAAGUUUGGCCAUGACGUUUUCUAAUAUUAUCUAUAUGACUAUGGCUAAUGAAAAAUAAUAUUUCCCCUUACAUUUAUACAAACUGUACUUUGUUUCCUACAUACUAUUGUUAUACUAAUUAUUUUUCUAGCCUUAGUUUUAUUGCACGUUUUAUAUAAUUGACUGAAAUAAAAAUGUUUGGAUAUUUUUGUGUUAAUGCUUUUUUUAUGUAUUUAAUAUAUGUAAUAAUAAUUGAUUAUAUGAAUAUUAAUAUUUUACUAGGUAUUUGCAUUUUUCUUUAUUAUUCACAGUAGGUAUAUAAAAAAAAUAUUGAAAACAUGUACCUAGAUAAUUGUUUUUUCUUGUUUUGAUACCUACUUUUAAUGAUAAUACAAAAUGUUUAUAUAUGUAUAAGUGUAAUAUUGUAAAAAUAAAAUAAUUAUUUGUUCAUGUCUUUUGAUAUAAUUAAUAUUAUUAUUAUUCCACUAAGCUUAUAAAUAAGUUAAUAUUAUAGCAUAAUGUUCACCAUAUUUAUUUUUAUUUUUUCACAAUUGUGUGAUAAAUUGUUAUGCCUUAUAGAAUGUAUUCUCAAACACCAGUACUGUGUAAUAUUUAUUGUAUUUGUACAACUCAAAAAUAUAUACAAUAACAAUUUUA